AUGUCUGGAAUCACGAAAGUCACGCUAGCAGGAGCCUCCGGCAAUCUUGGCCCAACAAUCCUCGAUCAGCUUAUCAAAGCUGGCUUCGAAGUCACAGUCCUCACUCGACAAUCAAGCUCUCACACCUUCCCCUCAUCUGUUACAGUCAAACCUGUCGAUUAUGACUCCCUCGAAUCACUAACUAGCGCCCUCGCUGGACAAGAUGCCAUCGUAUCCACCCUAGCAUCUGAAUCCCUCGACAAACAACUUCUUCUUGUUGAAGCCGCAGCCAAAGCUCAUGUGAAGCGCUUCAUUCCAUCUGAGUUUGGUUCCAAUACGCCAAGAGAGAACACCGGAGCUUUGCCAGUCUUUCAGCACAAAGUCACCGUCCAGAAUGCGCUCAAGAAACAUGUUUCCAGCGGAUUAUCAUACACCUUUGUGGUCAAUGGUCCAUUCCUUGAUUGGGGAAUCAUGGUUGGAUUCGUCAUGAGCGCAAAGGAAAAGAGUAUCACCCUUUACGAUGGCGGUAAUCGAACAUUCAGCGCCACCACCCUCCCAGACAUCGGACGAGCCGUCGUCGGUGUACUCCAACAUCCAGAAGAGACAAAGAACCGAGCCGUCUAUGUACAAAGUUACGCGACUACACUCAAGAACCUCGCUGCCGUUGGCAAAAAGGCUUUGGGAUCAGAGGGCUGGACCGAAAAAGUUGCGUCGGUUGAUGACAUCCUAGCGGGUGCAUGGGAGGAAAUCAAGAAACCGCAGCCAAACCCUGAGAAAUUUGCUCAUCAAUUCAUCAUUGCUUCCAUUUGGGGUGAGGGAUAUGGAUCGAACUUCGAGGCCUAUCACAAAUUGGAUAACGAACUUCUGGGAAUCAAACAAUUGACUGAGCAAGAACUGGAGGAAUUGAUCAAGAGUCUGGCAUAG